AUGACGACCUCUCAACCGUCUACAAUAGACCUUCUCAUUGAGCAAGUGUCACGACUCACAGCUCGCAUCGAUGAUCUUUCUUCAGAGGUUGCUUCCAUCAAACAAAAACCCUUAACGCAAUCAUCUUUUCCGAAGCAAACUCCCAAGAUUCGGUUGGAUUGUCCUCGUUUUGAUGGGUCCAACACGUUAGACUGGAUUUUUGCCGUUACUCGUUUUUUCGACUAUCACCAAACCCCAGAAGUCGAUCGUCUUCAGAUCAUUUCCUUUUAUAUGGAUGGACCCGCCCUUAGUUGGUUUCAGUGGAUGGAGAGAAAUCAGUUCCUUCGUUCUUGGAAGGAUUUCUUACACUCGUUGGAAACACGCUUUGCUCCAUCUCGUUUUCAGAAUGUGAAGGGACGACUCUGCAAGCUUUACCAGACUCGGUCUGUUUUGCAAUAUCUCAAUGAUUUUGAAGGCCUUGCAAAUCGGGUCACCGACGUUCCUCCUUCUUUUUUGCUCGAGUGUUUCAUAUCUGGUCUUCAUCCAGACAUUCAGCGUGAGGUGCUCGCCUUCCAGCCGGUGUCGUUUUCGGAAGCGGCGGAGUUGGCCAAGCUUCAAGAGGACAAAUUUAACUCUAUCGAACAGCCUCAACGGAGUUCCACUGUACCAGUUGCACGAUCUCUACCAACGACACCACGCCAAGCUCUCCUCCCCACACCACUUACGCCAACUGUUCCAUUUAAGCGUUUGUCAGCUUCGGAAAUGCAAAAUCGUCGUGAACGUGGGUUAUGUUACAACUGUGAUGAGAAAUAUAAUCCUGGGCAUCGUUGCAAGUCUCGUUUCUUUCUUCUCGUGCAUGACGAUGAGGAGACUAUAUCUUCCGAUCUUCCUCCAGACGAUUCUACUGCUUCCACUAUCCCUGACUCUGCGCAGUUGAGUUUAAAUGCAUUAUCAGGGCAUUUUAAUUCCAAAAUGUUUUGCGUCACCGGACAAAUAUUGGAGCAUUCCGUUUGCAUUCUCAUUGAUAGCGGAAGUUCUCAUAAUUUUCUUCAAUCUAAGCGAGCCCAUGAAUUGGGUUUACCUUUUCAGCCUACGAAACCACUAUCGGUGAUGGUUGGCAAUGGACAUGCCUUGACUUGCUCUCAGGUUUGCACUCAGGUCCCUCUCUUAAUCCAGAAUCAAGCUUUUAUGGUGGAUUUUCAUUUAAUUGAUCUUUGCGGGCCCGAGGCCGUGUUGGGAGUGCAAUGGCUUCAGAGUUUGGGACCUGUUUUAACCGACUAUGAACACCUUACCAUGCAAUUUACUUGGUCAGGCCAAAUGGCCAAAUUGAUAGGUGACGUUAAUAAUGAUUCUUUGCCACUGUCGGUUCAUCAUUUACGUAAAUUGUACAAGUGGGGCCAUAUUGCUGAAUGUUUUCAUCUUACUGUGUUGCCGCCGCCUGUGUCAAACUCUGCUACAUACUUUUGUGUGAUUCCAACCGAUAAUCAUGAACUUUCCACUUUAUUGAAUCGGUUCCAAUCCUUAUUUGAGGAGCCUUCUUCCUUACCCCCUGAACGACCCACUGACCAUGCUAUUACUUUAUUACCCAACUCUGCUCCUGUUAAGGUUCGCCCAUAUCGUUAUCCUUAUUCUCAAAAACAAGAAAUUGAAGCUCAAGUGGCCCGAAUGCUUGUUUCAGGAGAGAUUCAGCCUAGUACCAGUGCAUUUUCAUCUCCGGUCCUCUUGGUUAAGAAGAAAGAUAACACUUGGCGCUGUUGUGUUGAUUACAGGGCUUUGAAUGCCAUCACUGUUCCAAAUAGUUUUCCCAUACCCACCAUUGAUGAAUUAUUGGAUGAAUUGGGGUCUGCCAUUUGGUUUUCCAAAUUGGAUUUACUACAAGGAUAUCAUCAGAUUCGCAUGAAGUUGGACGACAUUCAUAAAACUGCCUUUCGUACCCACGAUGGGCAUUUUGAGUUUCGGGUUCUCCCAUUCGGUCUUUGGAAUGCGCCUGCAACUUUUCAAGCCACCAUGAACGCCCUCUUUCGACUGCAUCUGCGUAAAUUUAUCAUCGUUUUUUUUAUGACAUACAGAUACAGCUGUCGCGGCCGAUCAAAUUUGAUGUGCAAUUAA